GCUAAGGGCAACGGCGGCACUCAAGUGCAGAUCAGCACCAAACAGGCAAGAAGAAGAAUAAAGAAAUAAAUAAAAAAUAAAAGACAGUGGAGAAAACGUUUCUUAAAUUUUCAUCAUUCAUGUGAGGAUUUCUGCGACAGAGAUGACCGACAUACUGCGGCUGGUGUCAGAAGCGGACAGACGAACUUUACCGACUCUUUCCCAGCUCUCCGAAAACGAUAUUAAUUGUAUCUGGGCUGAUGUAUCCGCCUAUAUCGAAAGACAGCUGACUUUGCAGAAGGGGGUCCACCUGGCAGGACUGGGGACCUUCACAUUCUCUCAGCAGAAGUUGGACAUAGGAAACAAGUUCACAGUGAUCCAAAGACCCAUCUUUCUCCUAGCUGGGAAACUAGUCCAGUCUCUUUGUUUAAAGCAGGUCAGACCACUGGCAGCAACACACCUACCCGUGGUGCAACUGAACUAUACAGCUGUGUCACAGGAGACCCCUUUCAGCCGGGAUGUAGUGGAGGGCUGCAUUAGAGAAACUCUUUUGCUCCUCUUCAGGACUUUGGCCUCUGAACAGAAUGUGUUCCUCACCUUACAGGGCAUUGGAGUUUUGUCCUUUAAGAACAACAAGGUGCGGAUGAAGUUCAACAGAGACUUUAUACAUGCCAUGGAUGGAACUGGUAGGCUGCUGUUGGCCUUUAACAAUAGACCUGGGAGCAGUGUCUCUUUACUGUCUGGUGGACUGUCCAGGCUUCACAGACCACUGACUGCCAACCCCAUCACCCUGCCAACUGUCUGCUCUCCUCAGACAGACAACAAAUCCGGUGACAAAGAUCUAUGCAGCUUGUCACCAACUCCAGACCGGAGGAAUGCAGGAGAAGUUCACCAAUGGAGAGAAUCUAAAUCCCAUCAGACACUGCAGCCCGCCAAGAUGAAACCUAUCAGCCUCUCUGAAGAACUGGAUCCAAAACCCCCUAUGGAGGCCACAGACAAGCCCACCACCUCCAUCUUUCCACCAGAUGUCGCACCCAAACUGGAGGAACCUCGUGUGAGUGUAAGCUGCUCUGGCCACACCCGUGCUGGACAGGAGCUGUGCUACCUGUGUAUGCAGCGAGGCCAGAGAAAUGUUCCAGUUUACCUGAGAGAGCAGCAGCAGGCAGAGGAGAAAGCUCAGGAGAAACUCUUACUACUUAAAGAACAGCAGAGAGACAAGCGGUACAUGGACGAAGAACAGGCAAAGAUGAGUGAGCAUCGUGAGCAUGCAAAGCAGGUUGCUGCAUUCAACCUACAAAUGUCAGAAAAGAAAGAUAGGACGUACUGUCCUCUCUUCCCUACUUCAUUCAUCUUCCCGGCUCGGCCUCUCACUCCUGUCAGGAGGAUUCAGCAGCAUCGUUACAUGAACGAGCUUCAGAGCCAGAUAGAGAGCCGGCGGCAGCACGAGGCUCAAGACCAGCAGAACCGUCUUCUCAUGGAGCAUCUAGACCAGGUCCAGUUGGUCCAGGAGAUAGCUUUGCAGAAGGCUCAGCAGCUACAGCAGAAACAUGAGAGAACUAAGCAUUACAAGAAGGCGCUGGACACUCAGGUAGGAGAUAAGAAAUGCCCACACCCUCCAGAGUGUCAGGCUGUCAACUCUGGGUUCAACCGCUGUAAGACAGCAACAAGCAACGCCGAGAGCCGAGAGAGGGCACAGAAGCUAUUCCAGAUAAAUUUCAGUGCUGCCACUCAGAGGAAGAAGGAUGAACUGCACAGCCGCCAAGAACAGCUGGAGAAAGAGAGAGAAAUCCUCAAACACAACAAAAUGGAGUUUAUAUCGAGCCGCAUUAAUCGCUUUGAGAAGAGGAGGGACAUCAGUAAGUCACUAGAGGAUGAAUGGAGUCGCAGUGCAAAGCUCAAACACCAACGAGAGGAAGAGGAGAGGCGCUUCCUGAGGUCUGCUGGUCAGCUCCUGGUAGAUAAGCUUGCACAGUACAAGCGCUGCAGCCAAUGUAAGAGGAGGACCACCAACUGUGGAGAGACCAACAUCUGGAAAGACUCUCAUUACCUCUCUGGAUCCCAGUACAUGAUCUGAUUAACAGUGUAGCCUACAGUAGCACCUGAACAUCAAUACCUCAAAGGCUAAAAAAAGACCUGAACACUUGUAAUUUAUCAUGUGAGGGUCACUAAUGAUUAGAAUAAUGAGUUAAAUAUUUGUGAACGCAUGUUAUGGUGUACACUAUCCUCUGUUUUAAUGUGAGAAUUAUUCUUGCACUGUUCCUAAAUUAGUCUUUGGAGUUCAUGUUUGUUUUAUCUUCCUUAGUAUAUGGUUGUUUUUGGUGUUUGUAUCUCCCAUGGUUGCAUGAACAAUACUCAAACAUAACAUAUUGACAGGUAGCUUGUCAUAAGGUGAAAAUUAUAAAUCACUUUACUGAUUAAAAUCAUUGCUCAGUUCACAUUCAUUUGACUGUAUAGCUAAUUCACUUUGCACACCUCAGUUUGUCCAUUGAUGCUGCAACGUUAGUGCUGAUUCUGAUGUUACAUUCAGUUAUAUGUUCACUUUGUCGCUGGUUUGAACGGAUAACAAAACAAGCAACAUGUACAAGGUGAACAGCUCGGCAGCCACUUGCGACAGAGUUAUCACAUUGUUUCAGUAACUUUUGUGGACUUUAAAUCAGCUUUUAACCAAGAACUGUGAAGAUAAACAUGACUGUAGCAGGGAUUCAGACCAAAAACAUCCCAGCAAAAGUUAGCUUCAACUCUCUGUAAUUUACAGAGUUUCUUGAUGGACAUGAUCAUUUUAGUGACUGUCUGUCGCUAAUAGGCAACAGAACCCGGAUCAGCAGCUGGGCUGGACCAGGUUCAAGAACAGCCUCUGUUAAUAUUCAUAAAAUUCAUGACAAGACCAUCACCGACCAUCAUGGGAUUUUAAUUUGUAAACACGCCUUGUAUUUCAUAUGUUUCUACUUAUGAUAAGUAUAUAAGCAUUGAUGUAAGUAUACAUGGCUAUAAAGAUAAAAACUGGGAUUUUUUUCUGGUA